AUGAGUUGGUGGUGGGCUGGUGCCAUCGGAGCUGCCAAGAAAAAAAUAGACGACAACUAUGAGUCAACACAAAACUACGAGAGCGUCGCACUCAUCAUCGGCGUCACCGGCAUAAUCGGAAACAGCCUUGCCUCCAUUCUCCCUCUCUCCGACACACCAGGCGGUCCCUGGAAAGUCUACGGCGUCUCCCCCACUCCUCGUCCCACCUGGAAACCCGAUCAUCCCGUGACUUACAUCCAAUGCGACGUCUCCAACACCGAAGAAGCUAAAUCAAAACUCUCUCCCUUAACAGACGUCACGCAUGUCUUCUACGUCACGUGCACAACAAACCCUUCCUCUGAGAUCGACAACAACGGCUCCACGCUACGUAACGUCCUACGCGCGGUUGUUCCCAACGCGAAGAAUCUCCGACACGUUUGUCUCCAGACAGGGACCAAACACUACUAUGUCGGGGCUUCGGAUUCGGAUAAGUCUCCUUUCACGGAGGAUAUGCCGAGGUUGAAGAACAAGAACUUUUAUUACACUCUGGAGGAUGUUCUGUUUGAAGAGGUUAAGAAGAGAGAGAAUGUGACUUGGUCUGUGCAUAGACCGAACACGAUCUUUGGCUUCUCUAAUUACAGUUUGACUAACGUUGUCGGGACUCUCUGCGUCUACGCAGCUAUCUGCAAGCAAGAAGGGUCUCCGUUGCUUUUCCCUGGAAGCAAGAAAGCGUGGGAAGGUUACGCGGCGGCCUCAGACGCUGACUUAGUCGCUGAGCAGCAGAUUUGGGCUGCGGUUGAUCCGUAUGGUAAAAACGAAGCGUUUAACUGUAACAACGGUGAUCUUUUCAAGUGGAAAUAUAUGUGGAAGGUUCUUGCUGAGAAGUUUGGGAUCAAGGAGUAUGGGUUUGAGGAAGGGAAGAACGUUGGGUUGGUGAAGAUGAUGAAAGGGAAAGAGAGAGUGUGGGAUGAGAUGGUUAAGAAGAAUCAGUUGCAAGAGAAGAAGCUUGAGGAUGUUGGUGUGUGGUGGUUUGCUGAUGAUGUGCUUGGUGUUGAUGGGAUGAUUGAUAGUAUGAACAAGAGUAAAGAACAUGGGUUUCUUGGUUUCAGGAACUCCAAGAACUCUUUUAUCUAUUGGAUUGAUAAGUACAGGGAUUCCAAGAUUGUGCCAUGAUUCAUCUUCUAUAAAGUGGCCACAACAUAUUUGGAUGUUUCUCUUGUUUUUUCCUUCGGUUUAUGUUAUGUCUUCUUUGAUUCUUUGUUGUCUGCAAAAAGAUAAAAAUAAAAAGUGGAUUUUGUCUUUUUUAAUUUUCUUAUUUUGGGGUGGUUUUGGCCUACGUCCAUUGUUACACUAAG